GAGUGCUAGUGGGCACGCCCUCUUGUGAAUUCACGGCUGUGAUUGGCUGCCGACUGGCGUGCUCUGGAUUCGAGCGAGCUAGUGUAGCUGGACUUGAUCGUUCCUGAUUGGCUGAGAAAAGCAGCGAUGGGGGUGGAGUCGUCUACUCAUCUUGCUCGCUGGUUGGUUGAUACGCCUGUCCAUAAGGGGCUGGACAGAUUGGUUAAACCAAUGGCAACUAGCGUGUGGGUGGGGUCUCUCGGCAAUUCGACCGCUGAUUGGCUGUGGCGGGUUCUUCCGCCGGAAGCGGCGCCUAAGGAGGAGAGCGACGGCAAGGCCGGAGCCGGUGGAGCUCCCGGCUCCUCUGCAGCCAUGAACAUCCGGAAUGCGCGGCCUGAGGACUUGAUGAACAUGCAGCACUGCAACCUGCUCUGCCUGCCCGAAAACUACCAGAUGAAGUAUUAUUUCUACCACGGCCUCUCUUGGCCACAGCUUUCCUACAUUGCUGAGGAUGAAAACGGAAAGAUUGUAGGCUACGUCCUGGCGAAGAUGGAGGAGGAUCCUGACGACGUCCCACAUGGUCACAUCACAUCACUGGCAGUGAAGCGUUCUCACCGACGCCUGGGGCUGGCUCAGAAGCUGAUGGACCAGGCAUCGCGGGCCAUGAUUGAGAACUUCAAUGCCAAAUACGUUUCCCUCCACGUCCGCAAGAGCAACCGAGCAGCUCUGCAUCUCUACUCCAACACCCUCAACUUCCAGAUCAGUGAAGUGGAACCCAAAUAUUAUGCUGAUGGUGAGGAUGCCUACGCCAUGAAGCGGGACCUCACCCAGAUGGCAGAUGAGCUGCGCAAACAAGUGGAGCAGAAGGAGCGGGGACGACCCACCACCCUCAGCACUGGGGAGCCCCCCCGAGGGGGUGAAAGCUGUGGAACUGGGGGUCCCCCCCCACCGGGUGCACCCCCCCCAGAGGACAGCGGGGCCGACAGUAAGGAUGUGAGUGAGGUGAGCGAAGCCACGGAGAGCACCGACGUCAAGGACAGCUCUGAGGCCUCCGAUUCCGCCUCAUAGGACCCCCCCAAACACUGGGGGGGGACAUGGGGACCCCCUACUCCCAUUUUCAAGGGGGUGGGAGGCAAUAAAUCCCUCCUUUUCCAGA